AUGAGUUUCGCAAAUAUGCUCAAUAAGCUCUCGGGGCAGCCCGAAAGCUAUGAAAAGAAAGCUCUUUACCGAUUCGGGAGAACCCUCGGUGCUGGAACAUACGGCAUUGUUCGUGAAGCGGACUGCUCUUCAGGAAAGGUGGCGGUCAAGAUUAUUCUGAAGCGAAACGUUCGGGGUAACGAGCGCAUGGUCUAUGAUGAGCUGGAGGUGCUGCAGAAGAUGAACCACCCUCACAUCGUUCACUUCGUCGAUUGGUUUGAGUCCAAGGAUAAAUUUUAUAUCGUCACCCAACUAGCCACCGGCGGAGAGUUGUUCGACAGGAUCUGCGAAUACGGCAAGUUCACAGAAAAGGAUGCGUCUCAGACAAUCCGCCAGGUCUUUGAAGCUGUGAAUUAUCUGCACCAGCGUAAUAUCGUCCAUCGAGACCUGAAACCUGAGAACCUGCUCUACCUCACACCUGACAUCGACUCGCAGCUAGUCCUUGCAGAUUUCGGUAUCGCUAAGAUGUUGGACAACCCUGCAGAGGUUCUGACUAGCAUGGCUGGUUCAUUCGGCUACGCCGCGCCCGAAGUUAUGCUCAAGCAAGGCCACGGAAAGGCAGUCGAUAUCUGGUCUCUCGGUGUCAUCACUUACACCCUUCUAUGCGGUUACUCUCCCUUCCGCUCCGAGAACCUCACCGAUCUUAUUGAAGAAUGCCGCUCUGGUCGCGUUAUUUUCCACGAGCGCUACUGGCGCGAUGUCUCAAAGGAUGCCAAGGACUUUAUCCUCAGCCUGCUCCAAGUCAACCCCGCACAACGACCUACUUCUGAGGAAGCCCUGAAACAUCCUUGGCUCAAGGGAGAAUCCGCCAGCGACCGCGACUUGCUGCCCGAAAUCCGUGCUUACAUUGCUCGCUCUCGCCUCAAGAGGGGUAUCGAGAUUAUUAAGCUCGCGAACCGUAUUGAGGCACUUAAGAUGCAGGAAGAUGAUGAGGAUAUCCCCAGCGUUGUAGAUGUGCAAGCAGAUACGGGUGCCUCUGGCAAACCCGCCUUGUCCCCGUUCCCAGCUCUCUCAACAAAAGAAGGCGGAAAUGUUCCCGCUGCAACAGACGCUGAAGGUGAGUCUGGUGGCACCAAGAAGCGGAGUCUGAGUAAGAUUGCGCGCGGCGCCAUCUUCAGAGAGGUCGUUCUCGCCAAGGUCCGCGAAAUGAAGGAGAAUGAGGAGCGAGAAAAGGUCGAGCGCCAGGCCCGCGAGAGGACCCAGUCAUGA